GGUGAUUCUUUUUGAUAGUGCAUCGUGAAGUUUCUAGAUCUACAUUUGGCCACCACGCUUUGAUCAAUAUGACCAAGACAACCACCGCAGCCCUCUAUCCCAACGCAAAGGUAGCCGCCGAGGUGGGGACGUACUCUGAGCAGAAUUCAACCUCGUUGCCAAAGAACCUCAUUGAAUAUCAUGACUUCAUAGUGGAAAGCCGUUCGGACUCGGAUUAUAUGGUAUCGAGUUUGCAAGCACAGAGCCUUGCCUUUUUUGCCAGAGCCUUUGGCGCCAAGCGGAUUCUUGAGAUUGGCUCUUAUGUUGGCUUCUCUGCACUUGUUUGGGCACAUGCUGUUGGCCAAGAUGGCAAAGUGACGGGUCUUGAAUUCUCAGAAGAAUAUGCCAAGAUUGCAAACGAGGCUUUUGAGAAGCAUGGUGUGAAGAAUGUGGAAAUCAUCGUGGGAGAUGCACUCCAAACGCUUUCGACUUUGAAACCCGAGGAGCCGUAUGACUUGAUAUUCAUUGAUGCUCAGAAAUCAGGCUAUCCCGACUAUCUCCGGGAUAUUCUGGCCGGCUCUCGGCCUGGUUCAACUACACGGCUCCUUCGCCCUGGCGGCAUCAUCAUUGCAGAUAACGUCCUCCGGCGUGCUCUAGUAGCUGAUGGGAGUGAGGAGAAUCCAAACUGGGGAUUGCAGCGACACGUGAAAACUGCCGAAGAUGACCUUACGGCCCUUCGCAAGUUCAACGCAGCCUUGGCAAACGAUGAACGGCUGGAGGCGCUCCUCUUGCCAGUGUUUGACGGCGUCGGUUUUGCGAGACUACUCGAUUGAUUGGAAUUCGGGCUCUAUGUACAACGUUCCAUGAGUAGGAUGGAGCCGCCAAUAUAGGACCAAACUUGGACCCUUGUUGGCAAGGAUCCCGUUGACUCUAGGAAUCGUGUAGCUUCUGUUGCGAGAGACGGCGCAGAGUCAGCUACGAAUAUAGACAAAGUUGCCCACGGGCUGAGCUUCAAUCUAAAGAUAAUAUCUCUCAAAAUGACAUCUUAGCCGG